AUGCGAUUCGAAUCGCUUAUUACAGGCAAUAUGGGGUUGAGUUAUAUGACUAGCUCGAGUGCUGGUAUGCUCAUGUUCUAUUCGCAGUACAUCAAAGCUGGUUGUAUCACAGCACUGCUUGUUGAUUAUCUCGAAACGAUACCUCUCGAAAUACGAUACAUUUGGUAUGGGAAGAAGACAUUGGUCACGACAGUGUACUUUUUGGCUCGAUAUACUGUCUUCCUGAGCUACGUUUUCGGGGCUCUGCACACGCUGAAGUGGGCGAACAUUCCGGUUGAGAGAUGCUUCCUCACGUAUAUCCUUACGUCCGUGACGCAUAUGGUGAACUCGGCGUUUUGCGAAGGCCUGCUCUAUGCUCAGGUUUACGCCUUUUCGGGGGGUAAACGCUUGAUGGGUGUAUACCUGCUGUUCCAAUUCAUCGCCCUCCACUGUGCCAAGUUCGCCCUUCAAACACGGUACUCGAUUCGCGUCGGGGCAUUCGAAAUUCUGGAUCUAACAGAGGACGUUCACUGCAUAGCUAUAACGCCUAGUCAGGACGCUUCCUCUCAUCUGGGAGGAGUCUUCAUCGCCCAAACUGUCGGCCUGUACGUUCUCAUCGCGAUCACACUAUGGAUUCAUCGUUUUGGUUACCGCGAUUUGAAAAGUGCUCUGCUGACCGUGUUGAUUCGGAACGGAAUGAUCUACUUCGUUACUGUUACUGCCCUCUCUUCGCUAGCGAUUGCCUUCAGCUACGUCUCGAAAGGGGCCAAUAUAUUCCUUGCACCGUAUGUUCUCGGUUAA